UAUUGUUUUCGAAGGAGCAUUUGAAGAACGACAACCCCUUUUUGUUUUGACGCAUACCAACCAGAGCUUCAUAACUAAGAUCUUAAGCAAACUCAGAGCUUCCAUUUCUGAAAAUCGGAGGACCCUUUUAAGGUGUGCAGAUAAAAUGGCAUGUGCCACCUUCAGUCUCAAUGGCAUCGCCAAUCUUAGACUCCACCACACCAACAUUGCUCAUCACACUCUUUUGAGCUGCUCCAAAUCGCGCCUCUUUCAACCCCCACUCCGCUCCAUAUCCGCCCUCCGGUUUCAGUCUCCUCCCAAUUCUUACCAUCUCAACGGCUCAAGAUUAAUCCCCAACUUCAAUUGCUUUGCCAAAAAAUCGGAGUCGUCAGAUUCCGGAGAAAGAGUGGUGGUUCUGGUGAUCGGUGGAGGGGGGAGAGAGCACGCACUCUGCCAUGCGCUAAAGCGGUCCCCCUCUUGUGACGCCGUUUUCUGUGCGCCUGGAAAUGCUGGCAUUUCUGACUCUGGCGACGCCACAUGUAUUUCUGAUCUCGAUAUCUCCAAUAGCUCAGCUGUCGUCUCAUUCUGCCACAAGUGGAAUGUGGGACUCGUCGUAGUAGGACCGGAGGCCCCUCUGGUCUCGGGCCUUGUGAAUGACUUGAGUGAGGCUGGAAUCCCUGCUUUUGGACCCACAUCGGAGGCUGCUGCUUUGGAGGGCUCGAAGAAUUUCAUGAAGAGUAUCUGUGAUAAGUACAGAAUUCCCACUGCUAAGUAUCGAACAUUCACAGACUCGGCUGCUGCAAAGCAGUAUAUACAAGAACAAGGGGCGCCAAUAGUUAUUAAAGCAGAUGGUCUGGCUGCAGGAAAAGGAGUUAUUGUGGCUACGACCUUGGAGGAGGCAUACAAAGCCGUUGAUACAAUGCUUGUCGAAAGGGUUUUUGGUUCAGCAGGUUGCCGUGUGAUUGUUGAGGAAUAUUUGGAAGGAGAAGAGGCGUCCUUUUUCGCAUUAGUGGAUGGGGAGAAUGCUAUUCCUUUGGAAUCUGCUCAGGAUCACAAACGAGUCGGGGAUGACGAUACGGGGCCUAAUACUGGUGGCAUGGGAGCGUACUCCCCAGCACCCGUCUUGACAAAAGAGCUUCAAGAUUUGGUGAUGAAGUCCAUAAUUCUCCCAACAGUGAAAGGAAUGUCAGCUGAGGGCUGCAAGUUUGUUGGGGUUCUGUAUGCUGGUCUCAUGAUUGAGAAGAAGUCUGGCUUACCGAAACUAAUUGAAUACAAUGUCCGAUUUGGAGAUCCUGAGUGUCAGGUGUUGAUGGUUCGGUUGGAGUCUGAUCUAGCACAAGUUUUGCUUGCAGCUUGUAGAGGAGAGCUAAGUGAGGUGUCCCUAAGCUGGUCUCCGGGGUCAGCCAUGGUGGUGGUAAUGGCAAGCAAAGGGUACCCGGGUUCCUACGAGAAGGGAACCGUCAUUCGGAAUCUUGAGGAAGCUGAGCACGUUGCUCCUUCUGUCAAGGUAUUUCAUGCCGGGACUGCCCUAGACUCGGAGGGCAACUUUGUAGCAACCGGAGGGCGUGUUCUUGGGGUCACUGCCCAAGGGAAAGACCUUGAAGAGGCAAGGGACAGAGCAUACCAAGCUGUUGAACAAAUUAACUGGCCUGGUGGGUUUUACAGGCGAGAUAUUGGUUGGAGAGCACUUCCUCAGAAGGAAUUUGUGACAAAAGGGUAAAGAUUUUGUCAUAAUUUUUUUAAAAAAAAUUAAUAACUGUCAGUGA